UGCCUUUUUUUUGCAGGUUUAUCGUUUCAAGUUGAUUUCGCAAUGAAGCUUGUCACUGUUGCAGCUGUUGCUGUGCUAUUAGUAGGGCUUAUUGGCGGAGUCGCUUUUGGCAAACCAGCGGAGAAUAGACGAGGAAAUUCGCUGAAAAAUGGCGACCGGAUCGUCGGCGGGGUUGUGGCCGAAGUGAGUCUGCAACUGGAUGCCGUGAUCCUGAAGCAGCACUUUUGCGGAGGAUCCAUCAUUCAUCCCAACUGGAUCCUCACGGCUGCUCAUUGCUUCGAGGAGCAGCUUUUCCCGAUCCCCGUCGAGUUCAUCCGGGUCGUCGUUGGAGAGUCGCACUUCCAGAACAACGAAUUCACUGAGCAAACCGUUGUUCCUGCCGAGUACAUUUCCCACGAAGGAUUUGCACUCACGUCACCAAAACACACCUUUGACCAAGUAGCCAAGAUCAACGAUUUCGUGGCCCCGAUCGCGUUGGCACCACCGGGAGUCCAGCCCUCCACCACGCCAGGUGACUGUGUGGCAACUGGCUGGGGCAGCUGGGCCCUGUGGGGGGCACCCAACAACACCCUGCAGCAGGUGCACAUCGACUUCUUCCCUGACGACGAGUGUUCCGCUGCGUGGGGCGGGUUCUUUGUUCCCCAGCAGAACAUUUGUGCUGGCACCCCUGAAGGCUGGGAAAGCGUGUGCCAAGGUGACAGUGGAGGACCACUCAAGUGCAAGUCAGCCGACGACGGGACCGAGUACUUGUUCGGCGUGACCUCGUGGGGCUCUGACCAGGAAUGCGGGUACCCGGGUGACCCAGCCGUGUGGACCGAGGUGGCCCACUUCAUCGACUGGAUCAACGACAAGACUGGCCUCACCUUCCCUCUGAUGUGAAUAACCCCCCGUCGAUAAAGCGCUUGUUUUAUUCGAGUCGAGAUGUUUCAAAUAAGAAAAUAAAGAAAGAAAUACAACCUCUGUAUAUUUGCUGCCUCGA